AUGACGCGAGCGGAGUUCAUCAAGAAAGCGUUGGCGUUCGCGCUGCAGUGCACCGCCAUAUACCAGGGACUGCAGCCGAAUAACGCGACCUUCGAUGUGGUGACCAUGGAUGCGGGAAAGGUGAAGAAGUUCCGCUACGAAGGGGAGACGGAGACCGAGAGGUGAGUUUGAAGGGGUAAACUGGCAGUCCGCCCGAGACGUCGCCGGGCUGGGCUUUAGCGUUUGCACUGUGCGAAAGAAGUCAGAGCGAGCGACAUCCGAAAAGAGCCAUUUGCACUGUGCGAGCAGAGAGUGCGCAGUGCAAAGGGAACUUUCUCACCGUUCAUGUCGCCGGACUGGAAUCGGAAAUGAUUUUUCUUGCGUGUUUUGCUGCUUUCUGCACCGUUCAAAUCGUUUUUCUUUCGCGCGCACUACUAGUCGCGGAAAAAAGUCCUGGGAAUUUCUCGCGCCCCCCAUAUUUCGUCGCGCUCCGAAAAGUUGAUUUGUCGCGCGAAUCGCGCGCGACAAUAAGCCAAAAUCAACAAAAUUGCACUGUGCAAAUGCACUUUUCGGGUUCAUGCACAGUGCAGAAUCGCAGAAAAUUCCCAGGACUUUUUUCCGCGACUAGUAUGACUUUUUUGCACGGUGCAAACCGCAAAAAUGUUGCCUAGAGUUGCUCGUCCACCCUCUGCGAACUGAAUGGCGUGGAACCCGGCCCUUAGCGCAAAUUCUUUUAAAUAUGACUUUUUUUAUUUAGUUCCAACUUCGAGCUCAAAGAUUUCAACGACACAAUCGAUGGGAUUCAAGCUCAAAUGGUGGAAGAUGGCGGAAAAUUGAUUCUGGCUGGUCAAGUGAACGCUGGUGAUAAGUCAGUCCUUUUUUCCUUCAGCGAUUUAUCGUUUGAUGAAUUUUUAGAUGCGGAGUUUUUGUCGCUGAUGGGACUGAUCUGAAGCCGAUACACGGUUUCGGUUUAUGCAAAGGAGCGGUUACUUACAUGAUGGAUAAAAAGCUUUACCUGAUUCGAUGUAAAAUUAACGCGGUUGAUGCUGCAAAUUCCUAUAUCGCAAAUCUUGACGGCAGCCUAAUAGCGGGUGAACAAGUCGUUGACCAAGCUGCACUUCCCUGCCAGAAGGACCUUGCCGUGAGCGAACAGCAGAAGGUGUUCGCAUUUGACAAGUCAGGCUGUAAGAAAGUGGGCGCGGAUAUCAAGAAAUGGACGGCCGCUUCCCGUGCGGAUUGCGAAAAGAAGCAGAUUGUUUUGACUGAAGGAACGGAGUCAGAGCUGUACUCCUUGGUGAGUUAUAACAAUUAUUUCUAUGAUUUUUUACAUCCUUGAUUAGUAGGGACCGAUUUGGGAAAACGGAAACUGGGGGAGAAAGAUUUUUUUUUCGCUUUUUGGGCUAGUCGAAACCAUAGUUCGCCCAUCUUCACAAGAGCUACAGCUGUAGUCCCUUUCGGCCUGACAUGCGCUUAGUUGACGCACCCAACAUCUGAGACGGAGGUUAGAUGUCGUUUUAGAAAGAUUCCAAAUUUUAGGCCCUUUGCGGAGAUCUUUUCAAGGCCAAUCAAGUGCAUGGGUAGGUAAAAACGACAACUGGAGCGUUUGUAAGGGUGGAAGUAUGGUUUUGGAUAGCCAAAAAAGUGAAAAAAAAACCCAAUUUCUUUUCUUUUCAGUACUACCUGUAUCUGGUCUUCAAAGGUGACUGCCCCGAACAAGCCACGCCCCUCGCACAAUAUAAGACUGACUUGGUGAACACCUACGUCAAACUUGAGGCGGCGUUGGUGGAGACUUCGACGUAAGUUUUCGAACAUUGAAUUUUGAGGCUCGUCUUUUCGGGUCGACGAUUCUUUGAGUCGCCUCGCACGUCAAACUGAGAUUGGCUAGAACGGUGAAUAGGUUGGCAAUUCGCCGAAAAAGACGCGAAAAAACUUUUGGUCGGGGAAGAAAUGGGGAUUCUUUGGGGCGAGAGAGUACGUUUUUGCGCGUCUUUUCUCUGACUUCUCUGUGAAACCAAGAAAAAGUGCAAAAAAAUCGAUAGCGAAGAGUCUAUUCCGGUCAGCGGACUUCUCAGUUUGACGUGCCUCGAUUUGCCGUUGUAUGCAUGGUUAGGAGAGGGCAACCAAAGUAACAAGAUUGAUCGAGUCGUAGGAGAGACCUAGCAGAUUCUGUGUCCACCCGAACUGUCGCAGACUCUGAACGCGUGUCUUUCUGGACCUUUAUUUUAAUUGUACAAUGGUUUCAGCAUUGCAAACGAAACAACGAGCGGUUUCAUGGAAUUCAUUCACAACAACAGGAUGGCAGUUAUUUGUGGUAGCGUUGGUAUUCUUGCGGCCCUUCUCUUCUUGCUGGGUGGUAUUCUCCUUUGGUUAUACGUAAGGUUUUCUACGUUUCUAAAUCGUGUUUCACACAAAUUCGCAACACACGUGCAACUUUUUUCAGCUCAGACACAGGGCACGGCAACCAAAGGAAUAUGUUCAUAUUCCAACAGGAAAAAGCCACUUGUUGAGCCCUUCGGUCGCACGGGGUUUUGGCGUGACGCAAGAGGGAGAACCCAUCAAGGUCAAGCAACCUGACGGGAUUCCCAUUUCGGAGCGUGUCAAACUAGAAGAUGAAAAGCUGAAAAAAAAUCCACUACCGGCGCCAACACCAGAACCACCACUUCCAGACACACCACCUCCGCCGCCAUCAGAAACCGCGCCACCUCCGGCUACACCACCUCCGCCGCCAUCAGAAACCCCGCCACCUCCGGCUACACCAGCUCCGCCUCCGCCACCUCCGCCUCCGCCACCUCCGCCUCCGCCACCUCCGCCUCCGCCACCUCCGCCUCCGCCUCCGCCACCUCCGCCUCCGCCACCUCCGCCUCCGCCACCUCCGCCUCCGCCACCUCCGCCUCCGCCACCUCCGCCAUCAAAGCCAUAG